AUGACGCGAGACCAAUUACAAUCCAUCGUGAGCAGAACUUUGGCAGAGAAGGAGACCCCAACAGGAAGGUCCUUGUGUUCGACGAUUUCCCUACCGUUAGAAGGCAAAAGACCAGAUGGCAAGGGCCAGCAAGGGUUCAUCCGCGCCCAGAACCCUGGCGUUGCUGCCUGCCUUCCUCCACAGUUGCAAUCGUUACUGACAGCACCAAGAUCGCAGCAGUGCCAGCCGCACCAACUGCUGUGGCCAACGUCCAGAAGAGUGCAAGAGCAGAUAUACCCCAGGAUCCCAAGGCAUCUCUUUGCAGGUUCCUUAGAAGAGAAAGGAUCGCUUCAGAUGUUACACCAGUGAAGGAGAUAGUGGAGGGUCAAGCAUGGCUUCGGCUGGGACCUCAGAUCGCCAACCCUGAUCUGAGCCAGUGAUCGUCAAUUAAUCCAGCAUCACCAUCUUAAAAACUGCGAUACAUUGUUGUUCUGAACGAGUACAACUUUUCUUUCAUGUGAUCAAUGUCCCUGGACUAUUAAUAAAUUGUUGUUCUC